UAUUUAUGUAUGAGGAAAUACAUAUUUACAGUCGCUGCCUCUAUAGUAUUUGUUGAAUGGCACGAAGCUUUGAACCAGCUCAAAACUGAGUCUUUCUGAGACAGUUCUGCAAUUUAUUUUAAAUUUAUUUCUUUGGAAGCUGUGCUCUAACAGCAAGUCCUGAACUGUAAGCUGCAGCGUGUGUGGGGGAGAAUAGCAACCCACUUCUGCGUUUCACAAAUCCUUUACGUUGUACUGGUUCAGUGCAUGUAAUCUGUCUGAGGCACCUUUGCUGCUCUAAUGCAGCAGCAAUAAUAUAUCUACACAAUUUUUCAGAAAUCCACUAGAAAAUAUUUUAAAGAACAGUAUUUUCAGUGUAUUCAUUACUCCCUCCUGUAGGAACCCUUUUAACAAUGCAGUAGCACGAUGCAGAAAUCAGCCUCCUAUGCUGAUUUGUGUCAGGGUAAAAACUAGUGAGGGCUUCCCGGCAAGGUAAUACUUUCAGGUAAGUCCGUGUUUGGCCAAGCCCUAAAUCUGGCACCCGCAGCGCGGACGCGCGCACAGGGUUUUGACCGCAGCGGGCUGAGGGGAAGCGAGCGCGCUCCAUCACCGCUUCGUCCUCUCCGCCGCCGCCAUUUUGUGCGGGGGUGACGGGAGGCGCGCUGAUUGCUUCGCCCUCCUCAGCCCAGGGAGAAGAGCAGAGGGAGCCCUCGGGCUUGUGGGAGCGGGGAAUGAGCGCUGGCAGGUGGGGAUGACCCCUGCUUCCAGCCCAAGCGCACGUCUCCACGGCUAGGAGCGAGCACGAACGUUUGUUUAGGUCGGCGUCCCUGGAGGUGGGGACCUUCCGUUGGCGCCCCCUGGAGAAUUCACUGAGAUCUAGAGAUUAACAUUCAAUCUAAAAAUGUUCAGCUCUGCAGACGAGGUUUUUUCAUUGGAUAAUUUAUUUUAUGAAAGACCAGAUACAAAAAAAAGAGAUCUAGAAAAUAACAAAUCAAACAUUUGGUGGAUUGCACCUGCUCCAGCAAUUGAUGAAAUUCCAUCUGCAGAGGAGUUACAGAGGGAACUUGAAAAAAACACAGCCAGCAGUUGCAUGGGAGGGAUAAAGCACCAGAAGUUCAUACAACAAUGUAAGAGUAUCAGUGAGGAAGUAAAUGACAAAUCACCAGCACCUACUCAUUUUGGCGUAGCCUCUGAAAAAGAAAUACUCCAGUUAUGUGUAGGAGAAAGAACAAAAAAACAUGGAAGUCUGAAAAUGGCUUCAAUGUCUCUCUCUCCUGAUCAAGCUAAAUAUAAAAUAGGAACAGAGAUUUUUCAGCAACCUGAUUCAAAUUUCUCACAGACUAAAAUAUUAACUAAUUUUCCAGAAAUUGGUGAUGAUGAGAGUGUUCAUUCAACAUUUCGAAAAAGCUUAUUUAAAAUGCCUGAUUGUAUGUAUAAAAACACAGAAUUUAAAGAUAGUUCAAUGGAUAUGGAAGAAUUUGAUACUCACUUUAAUACAAGUGAAAGCAUGACAGAAGUGAAAAAAAAUGCAUGGAGAGAAAAUAAUCAGCCUCCAUUAACUACAGACUCAGGUUUUACCCUACAUAGGGUAAAUGAUGGGGACAUGGCAUCUAAAAUUGGAAUUAAAAUAAAAUCGUUGGCCAGUGCUUCAAAGAUUCUGGAUAUGACAGGAACUACAGGAAGAAACUUGGAAAUUUUGAGGGCUGUUACAGAAAUACCAACCCAAUUUAGGUGUAUUUUUAAGGAGUUUCCAUACUUUAACUAUGCACAGUCUAAAGCUUUGGAUGAUCUUCUUUAUACAGAUAGAAAUUUUGUGAUUUGUGCUCCAACUGGCUCUGGAAAAACUGUAAUGUUCGAACUAGCUAUAACCAGAUUACUUAUGGAAGUCCCAAUGCCUUGGUUAAAUAUUAAAGUUGUUUAUAUGGCUCCAAUAAAAGCUCUAUGCAGUCAACGUUUUGAUGAUUGGAAAGAAAAAUUUGGACCCAUAGGACUCAGCUGCAAGGAACUGACAGGAGAUACAGUGGUGGACGAUUUAUUUGAAAUACAUCAUGCUCAUAUUAUUAUCACUACACCUGAAAAAUGGGAUAGCAUGACUAGGAGGUGGAAAGACAACUCUAUAGUUCAGCUUGUGCGACUGUUCCUCAUAGAUGAGGUGCAUGUUAUAAAGGAUGAAAGCCGUGGUGCAACGUUGGAAGUUGUAGUCAGUCGGAUGAAAACUGUUCAGUCUUCUCUUUGGCGUCUUUCAGAGAAUCGCCAUGUUCCUCCUUUGAGAUUUGUAGCUGUUUCUGCAACAAUUCCAAACGCUGAAGAUAUUGCAGAAUGGCUUUCAGAUGGGAAGAUCCCUGCUGUAUGUCAGAAAGUAGAUGAGGAUCAACGACCAGUGAAGCUACGCAAAAUUGUUCUUGGUUUUCCUUGUAGUGGCAGUCUGACAGAAUUCAAAUUUGACUUAACUCUGAACUACAAAAUAGCUAGUGUUAUACAAGCAUAUUCUGAUCAAAAACCAGUACUGGUGUUCUGUGCCACAAGAAAAGGAGUGCAGCAAGCCGCUUCUGUUCUUUCAAAAGAUGCCAAAUUUCUACUGAGUGUAGAGCAGAAACAGAGGUUACAGAAGUCUGCCAAUUCAUUGAAAGAUUCCAAGCUCAGAGAUCUUUUAAUGUAUGGUGUGGCUUAUCAUCAUGCGGGUAUGGAGCUUUCUGACAGAAAAAUAAUUGAAGGAGUUUUUACCGCAGGAGAUUUACCCGUACUUUUUACUACUAGCACCUUAGCUAUGGGAGUCAAUCUGCCUGCACAUCUAGUGGUUAUAAAAUCCACAAUGCACUAUGUUGGAGGAGUGUUUGAAGAGUACAGUGAAACUGAUAUUCUGCAAAUGAUUGGGAGAGCAGGAAGGCCUCAAUUUGACACAAUGGCUACAGCAGUAAUUAUGACUCGUUUGAGUACAAGGGAGAAGUAUAUACAGAUGUUAAAUGGUGCAGAUAUAAUAGAGAGCAGCUUGCACAAACACCUUGUGGAGCAUUUAAAUGCAGAAAUCGCGUUACAUACUGUCACAGAUGUCACUGUAGCUUUGGAAUGGAUACGAUCAACAUUCUUGUACAUUAGAGCUUUAAAAAAUCCAACUCAUUAUGGUUUUUCAUCUGGAUUGGAUAAAAUUGGAAUCGAAGCAAAAUUACAAGAACUCUGUUUGAAGAACUUGAAUGAUUUGUCAUCUUUCAAUUUGAUCAGGAUGGAUAAAGAAAAUAAUUUCAAGACAACAGAGACCGGAAGAUUAAUGGCAUGGUAUUAUAUUGCAUUUGAUACAGUAAAGCAGUUUUUCAGAAUUAAAGGAACCGAAACUUUGAAGGAAUUGGUUACAAUGAUCUCCAGCUGCACAGAAUUUCUAGAUGUCAAGUUAAGAACAAAUGAGAAGAAAACACUGAAUGCUUUGAAUAAAGACAAGGACAAAGUAACUAUCAGGUUUCCAAUGGAGGGGAGGAUUAAAACAAGAGAAAUGAAAGUAAACUGUCUUAUUCAGGCUCACCUAGGAUGCAUUCCUGUUCAAGACUUUACUUUGACACAAGAUACUGGCAAAAUAUUUAGAAAUGGCAUAAGAGUUACUAGAUGGUUAUCUGACUUUUUGGCAUCAAGUAAAGACAACUUUUCUGCAUUAUUAAAUUCUUUGAUUUUAGCUAAGUGUUUCAGGUGCAGACUUUGGGAAAAUUCACUUCACGUGUCUAAGCAAUUGGAAAAAAUUGGUGUGUCGUUGUCAAAUGCUAUGGUAAAUGCUGGGCUGACAUCAUUUAAAAAAAUAGAAGACACAAAUGCAAGGGAACUUGAAUUGAUUUUAAACAGACAUCCUCCAUUUGGAAACCAGAUAAAAGAAUCUGUUUUGCACCUUCCAAAAUAUGAACUUAACAUUGAACAGCUUCCAAAAUACAGUGAUACAAUGGCUGAAAUUUUAGUAACCACCAUAUUAACAAACUUUGAGCAGCUACAGACAAGGAGAACAGCGUCAGACUUUCACUAUGUUACAUUGGUUGUAGGAGAUGCUGACAAUCAAGUAAUUUUUAUUCAGAAAAUAAUGGAUUCUAUGCUGCUGAAAACUGGAAAUUGGAUGAAGAAAAUUGAAGUGAAAAGAGCUCUUAAAUCAGAUGACAUUAGUAUAAAUUUAAUUAGUUCUGAUUAUGUUGGCCUUGAUAUACAGCAAACAUAUACAGCAUUUUACUUAACACCAAGAACAAUGGGAAGUAAAGUAGUUAUAAAUAAACUGAAAGCUGAGUCUUCUGUUGAUACAUCUUGUGGCACAGCACAAAGUCUACCAGCAGCAAAAGUGGAUACAGGAAGCAGAUCUAAAGAAGAAAAUACCUAUAAGAAAUACAGUAACAGAGAAUGUAACCAUCGCUGUAAAAAUAAAGAUGUGUGUGGACAUGACUGCUGUAAAACUGGAGUACUUCCAAAGUCUGAGAUGAGUGGAGAUUCAAAGUUUAGUUUGUACCUGGCUGAUUUAAGGAGCAGGAACUCUACUUCAUCUGUACCCCCAGUAAAGCGGUUAAAGAUGCAGAUGUUAAAUCAGGCUCAAAGUGUGGAUCUCAAACAAUUUGUUUUUGCACCCAAAUCUCUGAUGCCAGCAUCAUCAAGGUCUGGUAAUAAAGAGUCAUUUUCGUCACGUUCAGUGGACCAGGUAGAUAGUUUUAAUAACUUAGGAAGAUCUCAAAAACAAUUCCAGUCCUGGGACUAUGGAAAGAGUGAUUCUUUGGAUGUGAAUGCUGAACUGAGAGAUGACGUUUGGGAUGAUCUUGAUGAUGAAGUAUUAGUAGUUGCUAGCAACCUUUUCAGUAGAGAAUUAGAUGAGCGUGAAACACUUCACAAGUACUCAACAAGUGAAGCCACAAGUGACAUUUCAGAAGAUUCUUGCCUAUUGCAAAGUGAUACCAGUAUUCAGAACUCAGUUCUCUCUGUGUUUAAUAGCUCAUCAAAAGUGGAAUUAUCUGCACAGAGUGGACAUGUAAAUACGUUCCCUUCUCAAGAAAACAAACAUUCAAAUCUUUCACAAGAGCUGGAAAAAAUACAAUGUUCUUCAAUUUCAAACGUAAUCCCAGACUCUUCUAAAUUCACUAGGAAAGAGAAUUUUUUUAUUUUCAUGAAGGAACAGAAAGAAGAAGUGGAACCUGGAUAUCUUCCUGAUGAUGAGACCAGUGAUGUCAAGCCUUUACUUGGACUACUUGAUGACAUAUUUUAAAACAAUAUAUUCUACUUACCAGUAGUGGGAUUACUGCCAUACAGUAGGUCAUUACAUAUUAAAAAAAAAAAAAAAAAGUUGAUGUUUAUUUAAUGGAAUUUUGGGUAUAUUAUCUUAUUUUGAAAAUUGCUUACAUUUUCAUUUGUUGACCUCACUGCUUUCAGGAUUGAAAAGAAAAAAUGUAGGAAUGUGUCAGAGGAGUUCUCAUGCUGGCGAUGUUUCUAUAGAUAAAGUAAAAAUCAUAUAAGAAAUAGUAAGCUAUUUAUUACAUGUCCUGCUCCUAAGUACUGUUUAAAUGAAUGAAAAACUGUUUCCUCUGAAAUUUCUUAAAGCUUUUUUAUUUUGUUUGUCAGUAUUUUAAUCUGAAUUUUUCUGCUUCUGUUAAAUAGAUUUAAAAUGGAAUGGAAUAGUAAGUUACUCUAGGCUAUUACUCCUUCUGAUAGUACUACCAGCUUGUUUAAAAAAAAAAAAAAGUGCAACUUCCAUCAUGUUAGUGCCUUUCCUAGAUCUCGACAAAACAGUUAUUUAAUGUCUAUAAAAAUAUUCUAAAGCUGUAUUUAACUGUUCACUUUGAUGCUUGAGCUCAUAAAAAAGACCUGUAUGCAUCUCAAUACAAACUUAGGCAACCAAGUACUGGAUUUGGCUAUCUUCUUACAGCUCUCAUGUUUGAACAAUAAACAUUGCAUGUUCGUUGGGUAGAAAAAUAUGAUAUUCUCUUCAUAUGGAUUUUAGGCAAUAUUAAAUUUCAAUGUUAAUUAUUCAAAAUGUGUGAGAGUUUUAAAAUAGCACAAGGAACCUUAGCUGUUUGUUCUUGCUUACAGUGCAACCAAACACAACCAUGUUUCACUCCCAUACAUGAUUCUAUAUUUCUUGGCUAGUAAUAAGUUACAUAUAUAAAAAUUCCUCUUUCUCCAUAAGAAAUGACCAAGUACAAGCACCCUCAACACCCUAACAAUACAUGUAUUUGACUGUGCUGUUUCCGACAGUCCCAGUCUUUUAACACACUUUGGUACACCUCAGUUAUUUAAUUGCUGCCAGAAGACAGUUGUAUGUCAGAUCUCUCGUCAAAUCCUUCUUGCUCUCAACCCUGUAGUUGACUGUAUCUAGUCUGAAACUGUGAACAGUCUGAUACCAGAGUUAGGUAUGGAAAACACUAGUUUGCCUGCAACUUGGUUUCCUCAGAAUGAAACCCA